AACAGCUCAAACCAAAGCUCUCUUGCUAUCUCCUGUCUCUGUCUAUCAAUCACAGUAUCAUUCUCUUAUGUCUUCAUGGCUUCUUCUUCUUCUUCUUCUAGUCAAUUGAAGUAUCAAGUUUUCUUGAGCUUCAGAGGUGAAGACACGCGCCUUAACUUCACCAGCCAUCUCCUCAAAGCUCUGAAAGACACCGGCAUGAACGUCUUCUUCGAUGAAGAUAAACUUGAGAAAGGGGAGCAGCUUUCACAGGCACUUUCCCAAGCAAUAGCAGCCUCAAAUCUCUCAAUAGUCGUCUUGUCUGUCGACUAUGCUUCUUCCAAAUCAUGCUUAGCCGAACUCUGUGACAUCAUGGGUCGCAAGGGAACUCAACAACAUACUGUUCUUCCCAUCUUUUACCAUGUUGAUCCUUCUCAUGUCCGAAACAUUGUUGGAAGUUUUAAGGCAUCCUUUGAAGAGCAUGAAUCGAAUAGGCCACUUGAUGAAGUGAAUCGAUGGAGAGAUGCCUUUGUUGAAAUCGGCAAAUUAAAAGGGUGGCAUAUACAAGGCGGCAAACUCGAUAGAUCUGAGGCUGAAUACAUCGAAAACGUCGUUGAGUAUGUCAUAAAAGAAUUGAAUAGCAAGUCUAAAAUUGUUUCUAAAGAAUUAGUUGGAAUAGAUGAUCAGAGAAAAAAGAUAUUGCAGCUAAUUGAGGAAGAAGAUAGUCGAAUAAUAGGACUUUGGGGAAUGGGUGGUAUUGGCAAGACUACCCUUGCUGAAGCUGUCUAUAAUGAAAUCUCUCCAACGUUUCAAUGUCGUUGCUUCCUUCAAGAUGUUAGAGAGAAAAUAGAAAAACAGGGGAAGGAAUCUUUACGAAAUGAACUUCUUUCCAAACUAUUGAACUCGAAAACUUGUGUAGACACCCCCUCCAUAGGAUCCGUCUUAACCCAACAGAGGCUCAAUAAUAUAAAAGUAAUCGUCGUCCUUGAUGAUGUUAGUGACUCGGAGCAGAUAGAUCUUAUGGGUGUAAAACAUUUUGGUGGUGGAAGUAAAAUUAUCAUAACAUCCAGAGAUAGGCAAGUACUUACGAAUGGAGGAGCUGACAAAAUACAUAAGGUGAAUAAGUUAAACGAGGAUGACUCUCUUCAACUCUUUUCUACAUUUGCAUUUAAGUCGUUGAAUCCUGCUCCAGAUUUUCGAUAUCUAUCGAACAUGUUUGUGGAGUACGCCCAAGGCAGUCCACUUGCUCUUAAAGUUUUGGGUUCUAAACUAUAUACAAAGUCUAGAAAAGAGUGGGAAAGUGAGGUCGACAAGCUCAAGGAAUAUGCAAAACCAAAGAUUUCACAGAUUUUGAUGAUUAGUUUUGACGAGUUGGAUGAACAAGAGAAGAAUAUAUUUCUUGACAUUGCAUGCCUCUUGAAAGGAGAAACCAAGAAAGAAGUAGAAGAAAUUCUAAGUUGCUUGUAUGAGGGUGCAAUGUGUGGAAUAAGCGAUUUGCUUGAUAAGUGUCUAAUUGAAGUGGAUUCCAAAGGGGUGAUUUGUAUGCAUGAUAUGCUUGAAGGGAUGGGAAAAGACAUUGUUCGCCGAGAAUCUAGAGAUCCUGGAGAGCGCAGUAGGUUAUGGAGUCUUAAAGACAUGAUCCAAGUGCUCAAAUAUAAUAAAGUGAAUAAAUCAAUUGAAGGAAUAAAGCUUUUCGUGAGUCGACGUGAAGACCAGCCGUUACUAUAUUCUGGUUUUGAGAAGAUGCAUAAUCUUAGAUAUAUCAUCCUUUCUACACGUCCUUCGUUAUUGUUUCAACAACUUCCCGUAGACAGAGUUGAUAGCGUAUCUUUUUCUGAUGAGCUAAGGUAUCUUCGUUGGGUCCUUUGUCCCUUGAAAUGCUUAUCAUCAAAUUUUAAUCCAAAGAAUCUUGUUGUGUUGAAACUAAGACAGAGCAUCAUAGAACAACUUUGGAAGGAAGAUAAUCAGGAUCUUGUUAACUUAAGGUCAAUUGACCUUUCUGGUUGCGAGAGUCUGGGGAAGAUCCCUAAUCUAUCAGGAGCCAUCAACCUUCAAAGCCUUUGCUGCAGUGGGUGUGAAAGUUUGGUUGAACUACCUUCCCUCAACCAGUUGGUAUCUCUUGAAAGCCUUGACUUUUCUUAUUGCAAGAGUCUAGUGGAGAUCCCUAAUCUAUCAAGAGCCAUCAACCUUAAAUCACUUAAGUGCAGUUACUGUACAAGUUUGGUUGAACUACCUUCCCUCAACCAGUUGGUAUCUCUUGAAAGCCUUGACCUUUCUUAUUGCAAGAAUUUAAGGAAGAUUCCUAAUCCAUUUGGAGCCAUCAACCUUAAAUCACUUAAGUGCAAAUACUGUACAAGUUUGGUUGAACUACCUUCCCUCAACCAGUUGGUAUCUCUUGAAAGCCUUGACCUUUCUGGUUGCAAGAAUUUAAGGAAGAUUCCUAAUCCAUUUGGAGCCAUCAACCUUAAAUCACUUAAGUGCAAAUACUGUACAAGUUUGGUUGAACUACCUUUCUUCAACCAUUUGGCAUCUCUCAAAGAGCUCCCAAAUAAUUUGUCUGACUUAGAUUUAAGAUACACUGGAAUAGAACAAGUGUCGGAUUCGAUUCAGCAUCUUGUCGGAUUUAGAAAGUUGAGUUUAAGUCACUGGAGGGUGGAAAAUUUAUCGAGCAAUAUUUCAAAGUUGGAAUCCCUUAACGUUUUGGAACUUGAGGAGUGCGAAAGGUUUAUAACACUCUCAGAGCUUCCACCAUAUCUGCUGUGCUUGAAUGCAAAUCGUUGCUACUCAUUGGAGAAAGUAUCCUUCACCGAUCAUAAUUCCAGUUCAUUCUUUUCUUUACAUGAUGGUGAUGACACUCCUCGUGAUGAAAAGGUGUCCAUGUCAUUCCUUAAUUGCUUAAGCCUGAAUCAAGAUUCAAUUAAAAACAUUGAGAGAAACGCGGUGCUUCAAAUUCAAUCCCUAGCUCAGAGAUGGGCAAGGAGGCAAGGGAGGGGUUCUUUAGGAAAUCAAUUUUUUUGUUGUUUCCCAGGAUAUGAAGUUCCAGCAAAUGAGUUUGAGCAUCGAAGCGUGAAUCCUUGGUUAAAUUUAAAGAUAGCUCCAAAUGGGUGUAGUGGGAGCAGAUUCUUGGCAUUUGCUUUAUGCUUUUUGGCUAAUCUCUGGUUUGCAGACGGAGAUGUAGAUGUUGGAUUUAUAUGUAAAUACCAACUGACAGCUGCCAGUGGUGAAAAGUUCAUGACAGAGAGUCGCGUUUCUUGGAGAUGGGACUGGGGCGACAUAUACAGUCAUCAUGUGUGCAUUGUGUUUAAUAAGGAUAUGAUUAUAAGAGACAAUGAUUAUGAGGAGGCAUCAUUUGAGAUCUACAACAAUGAUCAACUUGGUAGACAAUAUGAAAGGAUGAAAUGGGGUGUUCAUGUAUUUUAUGUGGAUGCAGAGAGUUAGAGCAUUAGUGAUGUGAUGAGUUGUGAUAUAAAAAAGAAGAUUUUGCUAUGUUGGUGGUGAACAAGGGGAUGGAGGGACUGUUCACUUCUUUUAAUCUUUGUUUGUGUAUGCAGAUGCAACUUCACAAUAUUGACUUCCAAAUGCAUUGGUAAAUUUCCAAAUUGAAAA